UCAGUCAGCUUUUUCAACUGGCAACGCCAGAAUAGAAUUUUUCUUAGCAAAUUUUACUCCAAGUCUAUAGUUGUAAAUUUAACACAGAAACACGGAAAAUGUCUAGCUUUCGUAAAAGAAAUUUGGAAAGGUUUAUACCUCACACAAGAAUUAGUCCGCAAACCGGGCAAAUAAUAACAUCAAGCGGAAAUCUUUGGUUAGAUUCUAUUUUGGGUGGUGGCUUGGCUUUGGGUUCUAUUUGUUUAAUCGAAGAAAAGUUUGCUAUGUAUUCUAAAGUGUUAACCAAAUAUUUCAUAGCCGAGGGUGAAAUUUCCGGUCAUACGUCUUUGUUAGCAACUUUGGAUGAAGAUCCGAAAGAUUUACUAUCUCAGUUACCACAACCCAUAAAAGAUGAGGAUGAUCAAGAAUUUAAUGAGAUUGAAAAAGAAGAACUCGAGCCAACAAUACGUCAAGUUGAGGAUAAUUUACGCAUAGCUUGGCGUUAUAAUGAUUUACCGUUGUUAAAUACAAAAGAGAAAAAUGCAAAAAUAGGCCAUCAUUAUAAUCUAAUGAAAUAUAUGGAUGUUUCCCAAGUAACUUGUAAAACUUGGUACGAUUUGCAGCAACAGGAUAAUUCCGAUGAUAAUAAUGAUGACAGUAAUAAUGCUCAGGACAGCACUAGCAGCAGUAAUAAUGAAUCAAGUGCCAGUGAAAAAACUGAUCAAGAUAACUAUUAUCCAGAAUCAGUUUGCGAUAAAAAAACGCAAACCAAGUGUCCCUGCAAACAGUUCAGUAACUUGUUUGCUAAUAAUAAAUACGAGCGUCUAUUACAAACCAUAACCAAAUUCCAAAUGCGUAAAUAUGAUGAAGAAAAUCCAGGGAAGAAAUUAUUACGCUUAUGUAUAUCAUCAUUGGCAUCGCCUUUAUGGUAUGAAGAUCGUUUUCAACAGGAUCUCUUGAAAUUUCUUACAAUCUUAAGAGCUAUCAUUCACAACACAGCUGCCGUGUGCCUUAUAACCAUACCUAUGCAUUUAGUGGCCAAAUAUAAUCCCUCUCUUCCCAACAAAAUACGCAAUUUGGCGGAAUAUGCUAUCGAGCUGGAAUCAUUUGUCAAUACCGAUGAAACCAAUCCGGUCUACAAAGAAUACAAUGGUUUGGUUAAAUUGCAUAAAAUGACCGCCUUGAAUGCGUUAAAUGUUUACAAACCGGAAACAUUGGAUCUGGCCUUUAAAUUGCGACGUAAGCGUUUCAUUAUAGAGAAAUUGCAUUUACCACCAGAAAUCCAGGAAAGUUCUAAUGAUACGAAAAAGCCUACCAUUAGCUGUGGCGUUAAUCAAACCAAAACUUCUUCACUGGAUUUUUGA